AUGAUUAUCCCGAGGUAUACAAUGGAUGACGACGUUAUCACUUCUCCGUAUAACACGAUUUUGGCUCUUGAUCAAAUCACUGAAUUUGCUGACUGUGUGCUGCCUAUCGAUAAUAUCGCCCUAUCCAGUAUAAUAGAUAAAGCUAGGAAUUGCUGUCGUAACUCCGGUGGGAAUGUGAAUGAAAAUACAGCUUCCUUAAUCGGUCCGAAACACACCAAACAAGCGAAACCCUUCGAUGAUAUGAACAACAUCGUAGCUAAUAUGCUAUUAAAUCUCACGAGCUCCUCUCGAUUUGAAGGUACUAUGAAUGUUGAUUUAAAUGAAAUCAGUAUGAACUUAGUUCCAUUUCCUCGUUUACAUUAUCUCAUUGCUUCACAAAGCCCUUUAUCAACCAUGUCUCGAAUAUCAGCCCCUAGAAAGCUUGAUCAAAUAUUUUCAGAUACAUUCACUAAAGAUUACCAGUUAAUGUCUGUUGAUCCUUGUAGACAUGUUUAUCUAGCAGCUGCUCUACUUGUUCGUGGUGCAAUCAAUGCAUCAGAUCUCCGUCGAAAUAUUGACAGACUUCAAUCUCGCUUACAUUUUGUCCCAUGGAAUCGAGAAGGCUGGAAAGUUGGACACUGUUUAGUUCCACCAGUGAAUUAUAAAUACUCCCUAUUAGCUCUAGCUAAUAAUACUUCUAUUCACGAAUCAUUUAGUUUUAUUUUGGAACGAUUCUAUAAACUUUAUCGGAAAAAGGCACAUUUACAUCAUUAUACAAUUGUCGACGGAUUUGACAAUAGUAUGUUUGAAUCAAGCGCUAAUUCACUUCAGGAAUUAGUUAUUCAGUAUGUGGAUUUAGAAAAACAGGCUAAUGCACAAAUUUUACCAAACUUACCACAGUUGGAAAUUAUGGAUUAA